GUACACUGGCAAUGCCGGCGUAGUGUCUUCACCCGGUGAGGCCUACAAGCAGUGCUUCAUGCUGGUUGCAGAGGACAAGCCUGGGCUCAUGGUGGAGGUGGUGGCCGUGGUGCGUGACUGCGGCCUGGAUUUUCAACGUUUCAGCGCAGAGCCCUGCGGUGACGGUCUGUGUGUCAUGGUGGCAGCUGUGCAAACAGACUGCGCUUUGAGAUUCGGAUCGCUGAUGCACAAUCUUAGAUAUCGUGCAGAACCUGUGCUGCUGCAGCGGCUUCCUACGGAGCUGUCGGGAGAAGCCUUGCAGGAGUGGAUGCUGAAGGUGCCCUUCGAGCCUUUGGCCGACCUCUCCGUGUGGAGCUGGAAGCGAGAGGCGCUGAGCUUGGUAAUGCCAAGUGAAAUCAGGGCGAAUCAGCCCGCCUAA